AUGGUGGAGCGAGCGUGGGCCUCACUGUCCAAGCAGGUUUUGAGCCCCGAAGAGCCCGUCCCUGUGGUGCCCGUAUUGUUUGCAGAAGAGAUUGGAGCGGUACGUGCCCGUGCUGAUCCGCACGUGUUCCCCGUGGAGUACGUGCCCGUGCUGAUCCGCACGUGUUCCCCGUGGAGCGUGUGCCACCGUGCCGAGCCGCACGUGUUCCACACGUGUGCCACCGUGCCGAGCCGCACGUGUUCCACACGUGUUCCCCAGGAGCGUGUGCCCGUGCUGAGCCGCACGUGUUCCCCAGGAGCGUGUGCCCGUGCUGAGCCGCACGUGUUCCCCGUGGAGUACGUGCCCCCGCACGUUCUCUUGCAGACCUUCACGGCCUGGUGCAACUCGCACCUGCGGAAAGCCGGCACCCAGAUCGAGAACAUCGAGGAGGACUUCAGGAACGGCCUGAAGCUCAUGCUGCUGCUGGAAGUCAUCUCAGGGGAAAGGCUGCCCAAGCCCGACCGGGGAAAAAUGCGCUUCCACAAAAUCGCCAACGUGAACAAAGCCUUGGAUUACAUCGCCAGCAAAGGCGUGAAGCUGGUGUCCAUCGGGGCGGAAGAAAUUGUGGACGGCAACGUGAAGAUGACGCUGGGCAUGAUCUGGACCAUCAUCCUCCGCUUUGCCAUUCAGGACAUUUCAGUUGAAGGUAAAGACGUGGUUAAGAUCGGAUUGUAUUAAGAGACUCCGAGCACUUUGUAAGCGGAGCUGA